UUCUUCAUUUGAAUCUGGAUCCAGCGCCUUCUAUAGUCUCUAUUUGCAAACCCAAACCCUAUUUUUCUUUCUCUCUCUCUUCUUUCGUUUAUCUUUCUUCCUUGUUUGGCGUCAGCGAUAGAUUACGCAUUGCACAAUGAGGAAGGGGACUAAGAGGAAGACGAAACAGCAGCAAGAAGCCAAACAGGACGCAGCCGAAGACAACAAGCCUCGAGCUAAACGAGCCAAAACCUCCAAGCCUCAAUCCGAGCCUGAGUACUUCGAAGAUAAGCGCAACUUGGAAGAUUUGUGGAAGGAAACAUUCCCCGUUGGAACUGAGUGGGACCAAUUGGAUACCGUGUAUCAAUUCAAGUGGGAUUUCUCAAAUCUAGAAAAUGCGUUUGAAGAGGGUGGCGUGUUGUAUGAGAAGAAAGUUUACCUAUUUGGUUGUACUGAGCCUCAACUCGUCACGUUCAAAGGGGAAAGCAAAGUUGUCUGCGUACCUGCUGUAGUAGCUGUUGUAUCACCUUUCCCACCAUCUGAUAAAAUUGGAAUAAACUCAGUCCAAAGAGAGGCUGAAGAGAUAAUUCCCAUGAAGCAGAUGAAAAUGGACUGGGUUCCAUAUAUUCCCUUGGAGGAUCGAGAUAGCCAAGUGGACAGGUUAAAAUCCCAAAUAUUUAUCUUGAGCUGCAACCAGAGAAGGUCUGCUUUAAAACACCUGAAGUUGGAUAGAUUAAAAAAAUAUGAAUACUGCUUGCCUUAUUUCUAUCAGCCAUUUAAGGAAGAUGAACUUGAACAGAGCACUGAAGUUCCUAUAAUAUUUCCUGCUGAGCCAAAGCCGGUCUUCUGUGAAUUUGAUUGGGAAUUAGAUGAACUUGAGGAGUUUACCGAUAAACUUGUUGAGGAGGAGGAGUUAUCAGAAGAUCAAAAGGAUGCAUUCAAGGAAUUUGUCAAGGAAAGGGUUCGUGAAGCAAAGAAGGCUAAUAGAGAGGCAAGGGAGUCUCGGAAAAAGGCCAUUGAAGAAAUGAGUGAGGAAACUAAAGCUGCAUUUGAGUCUAUGAGAUUUUACAAGUUCUACCCUGUUCAAUCUCCAGAUGCACCAGAUGUAUCAAAUGUUAAGUCUCCAUUCAUUAACAGGUAUUACGGAAAGGCUCAUGAGGUUCUGUGAUUGGCAGCAAAACUUGUUAUGCCUAACACAACAGAUGUUUUGUUUAUUAUGAAUGAAUUUCAGGAGGCAACCCCCUGGUGCCCCAUCGAAAUUCCAUUGCCAGUGUAGUUGUUGUCUAAAGCGACAUACAAUGUAAAACUGUAGAUCAGAGAUCCUAGAAAAGUGAACUAGGUGUUGGAAGGAGUAUAGACAUGUUUCUUGUUUCAUUGUUGAAGAGAAUUCCUGAGCUUCUGGAGCUGCGACUUGCGUGGUUGUCGGAUAAUUCUUUUUCCCUUCAAAGUUAGAUGUACGACAGUUUUGAUUCUGAGCUAAAUGAAGAAAUUAUUAAUUCAUUGC